GGGGAGCCGGGGAAAGGGAACUACAUAUGGAAAUGCCUGUAUUGCGAACUGUUGUUCCCUAGGAGCGCAAAGCACUUCAUGUCCACGACAAAAGGACCCAGGUGCAACAUCAACAGGCUAGGCAGCAGGCUAUCGGCAGAGGAAAAGGAGAGGAGGGAGUUGGGCCAGCUGGAGGCAAUUGCGCUGGUGUUGGGAAAGGCUGUGCCUCGCGCACCGUCAUAUGAUUGCCUUUCAGACGUCGAAGGCAUGGAAGACGUGGACGCCAAGGACGAGUGCAGCAGCCCCCAACCAGCGGAAAACAGAGUCAAGACUGGCCUUUCGACGACAACCAAUGUGCGGCAGAGCACGUUGGAAGAGAGCGGGGCAAUCAUCUCGAAGAAUGAAGAAGCACAACGCUCCAUAGAUGAUUGGUUGAUUAAUGAAGGAGUCCCGUUCAACAUGGUGCGCAGUAAGUAUUUCUUGCGCAUGCUGAAUAAGGUUCGUGAUGCAGAGCGGUCCUUCAUCCCUGCAAAGUACGACGCGCAGCGGACGAAAAGGUUGGACAUGUCRYGGGGUCGCSUCGRGGAGGGGGKKUUGCGGCAKCAAAGGAGCUGGCCUCGAUCWGGAUGCAUGCUCCAGCUUGAUGGCUGGACUGAUCGGAGAGGCAGACCACACUUGAAUGUAAUGGUCUCCUUUCCGACCGGUGUGCUUUUUUGGAAGUCGCACUGCAUGUMAGGCAAGGACAARGGCGCARCAGCGUACUUUGAUAUCUUGUCCGAGUCCAUUCGCGAAGUUGGUGAGAAAAGUGUUGUUGGAGUGAUCAUGGACAACGCUGCAGUGUGUGUGAGAGMUGGCAGAUUGGUGGAGGAUACAUUCCCUACGAUCUUCCWUGUGCCAUGYGCUGCRCACUGCCUUGACUUAGUGUUGYAYGMURUUGGGAAGAUGGAGUGGGUGGCUCGAACGGUGGGGAAGGCGAAUGACUUGGUGAAGUUCAUCAAUAACCACCAGCGAGUCAGGGAUGUUUACUACAUCCACUCGGGUGGGAGACAGCUAUUGCGACCUGCAGCAACGCGUUUCGCCACUAACUUCCACAUGUUGGACCGCUUGAAGAAGCAACGAAAAACGUUGGUGGCUAUGGUCACAACAGACGAGAGGUGGACAACGACGCUGGUUCCCCAUGCACAACGAUCGACCUUCCACGAGAUAAAAGAUGUCUUGCUUGAUGCAGCAGGGUUUUGGGAAAAUGUCAACAAGGCAAUCAAUGCCGUAUACGACAUUGUUUUGCUAUUGAAGGUGGUGGAUGGCAACGGCCCAACCAUCAGCAAGGUUUAUUCGAAGAUGGACAGGAUAGUGGAACGCCUGCGAGUCAACAAGGACCUGACGGCAGAGGACCGGGAGGAGAUCAAGGUGAUGGUCAUGCGCAGAUGGAAUGCUAUGACCACCCCACUCCACUGUGCAACCCUGUUCUUGUAUCCGGAGUACUGGACGUCUGAGUCAUACAACGAUCCAAAGAUCCAAGAUGGAUUCUACACUUGGGUGUACACAUGGCUGAAAGGGUCGCCGCACGAGGUGUGCGACCAAGUGGAGUACGAAGUGGAUUGUUGGGUUCAGAACAUUGGGAAGUUCAACUCGCAAGCGGCCAUGGAUGCAGCCCCAAUUCACUCCAAAGAGCGGAAUGCCUUGGCCCCGGAGACAAUGCACAAAUUGGUGUACACCAAAUGGAAUAUGCGCCUGCUUGACUCGCUGCAGCAGAUGCUGGAGAGGGCAAAAGACCUUGUUGAAUGGGAUGACCCACCGACGGAGGAGGAGCAAAAGGAGGCUAAAGAAAGAGUGAAGUUGGCUGAGCGCAGAUUGAAGAGCCUUACCUCGGCUGGUGACGAUGUUGUUCCACCUGUUGAUGGCGGGGGUGACGAAGAUGGGGAUGAAGCUGCUAUUUCGUGCCAUGAAGAAUGCAACCUCGAGGAGAUUGAGGAGGGUCAUUGCGGGGACAGGCGUGGAUUGACAAAGGCAGGCAACUUCCUCGUCAAGCGUUCUCAAACUGAAGUGCGAAGGAGGGCACGCACCUUGGGAACAGAGGAGCACAUGCGUGCUCACAGAAAGGGGGUGCUGCGACGACAGCACCACAGAAGGAGACAGGGACAUCGUCGGCGCAGCCUGAUCCUCCAAGCCAAAAAAAAGGUAGAGACAGACCAAGAAAAACGCCAGCGACGGAUGUGGAGGGUUCAGAUGUCGUGACCGCGGAAGGAGAGAACAACCCUGCGCAGACACUCGAGGAAAACCUUGCGCAAACACUUGAAA